AUGGACGAGACACCAGAUCAAUAUGAUGCUUCGUUCCUUGAGAGCUUGUCAGAUCCUGAUAGUUUCCGUGUUCUGGACUCCGAAUUGGACGAGUCUUCUCAGCCUGUUGACCUCCCCGAAGAUUGUCUUUUCAAUGGACCUGCCAGAAAUCAUGUGGAUCGAUCAAUAGAAAUCCCUUUCAGACGACUUCAGCCCGAGCCAAAUCAUAAAGUUGCAAUACCUCGCGCAAGCACAACGAGAAGUCGGAGCAACCGAGCACGGGUUUUACAAGCAUGCAAAUCCUGCCAGGAGCUCAAGACUAAAUGUAGCGGCCACCGACCUAUCUGCCAUCGGUGCGAAGAGCUCGGACUGGAUUGCAAUUAUGGCGAGCGAAAACGGGAAAUCACUGCAAAAUCGCCGAUUAUCAGGAAAAUUGAAGACCUAAGCUCACAGGUCCAUAUUUUGGGAAGUCUACUAUGUGAAAUUUACCCCAGGCUUGACACUGAGUCUGCUAAGCGCGUUAGUCAAUCACUGAACAAGGUCGGAAUUGUCUCCUGUCUGAUAUCAACCCUCCCGGAAACAUGUAUAUGA